AUGAGAAAGAUUUGGAGUAGAAAAGAUAAGGAGAAACGGAAAAGUAUUUCCACACCAACCAAAUCAAGUAUUGGCAAUUCACCGUUGGUACAAAAGACUUCACAAACAGAUUUGAAUGGUAGUAAUACUACGCUAUCACUGUCGGAGCUUAAUCCGGAUAACACUUACCACUACGAUAACGAUAUAUCGUCUAUCAUGGAAGAAUCGUCAACUAAUAAUUCAUCAACCACAGAUAGAUAUCCUACAAGUGGGGGAAGUAAAUUGGCAUCUACUGGGGAUGGUGCAAGGAAUGUUCUUCAGAACGCUACAAACUUUAUCGGCACUGGUGCUAACACCAAGUCGAGAGGAUCAGUGUCUGGCCCUGACAGCAGACAAGCUGUCAAAUUUCUGGACUUAAUAAGACAAAAUCAUGAUGGUACAUUGGUGAAACAUAGUUGGGUCAAUGUGAUUGGAAGUAACCAUGAUGUCAAGGAUACCAAUUUGAAACUUUAUCGCGCCGAAUUAAAGGGAUCACAUCUUUAUUUGUACAAGCCACCAUCGUCAUUGCAUAUAAAAAGAUUUAAGGUGAAUGAAAUACCAGUGGAAGAAGUGGAGAAUGAUAAGGUCAAACGGAUAGAUUUGAAUCAAGUGAACGAUGCUGCCAGUGAUGUAUCGACAUUGAUUGCUGAUGCCAAACUGGUUGACACUAGUCGACUUGGUACGUCACUGCUACAUAAUCAAUCAAUUAUAGUGGCACCUUCUGAUACUGCACAUCACUCUUCCAAUGCGACAACCACCACUGGCACUCAAAUACGGAACAAUUCACGAUCAGAACCAAGUAAAGAAUCCAAAUCAAUUGAUGAUUCAACGUCAUCUCCAAAUACGCCAAUAACACCAAUAUCAUACUACAAAACCAUCUUACCUCAUCCAAACCUUCGCUACGACUUCAAGACCCAUCAAUUUCAAACUCGUUUAUUCACCGAAAAUGAUAACAAUAUUGAAUCAGUUGUCCACUUCUUUUGCUUUGUUAAUGAUUCUCGUGAUAAUUCCGCCGUGCACACAAUAUUCCAUACAUUACCUAUCCUACCUGACUUUGGCUAUUUGCUUAAAUAUAUUGCAUUUUACUUGGGGGAGAUUUUUGACGGAAAAUUUGAGGGAAAAGUGGAGAAAGACCUAAUAAUCGAGAGAGUUCUUGCGUUAUUGUACAGCAUUGAACGCCAUUUUGAAGGAUUUCUUCUUAAAUCAGAUACAGCGCCACAUAUCUUGAAGAUGUUGGAAAUUUUAUCGAUACAGAACAUACACUUGGAGAAGAUUGGUAAAUUCAAACUGGAUAUGUUACGAAAACAGCAAUUGCUUAUUCAAUUGGUGAGUAAUGACAAUUUACCAGGAAAUAUCCAACCAUUUAAGGAUUUGGAUUCGCAAACAUUCAUGAGGGAUAUCAAAUUGACUGAUUUUGCUCAAGUUAUAAGCGAGAUUGACUUGAAAUAUUUCUCCAAUUGGAAUUCAAACCUAGACAAGUCGUUGCUAUUGUAUUCUGCAAUUAAUGUCAAGGACUCAACUAAAGAUACGUUUUACAAGAAGAACCCCUUAAUAUUCAACAACAACUACCAUAUACACUACCUUUCACGAUUGUUGAUCAAUCAUAUAUUUAUUGAAAAUGGUACUGCAUCUAGAAACUUUGCUGUGAUGGAGACUAAAGCACGUAUUCUUGAGAAAUGGAUAGACUUGGGCUGUUUAUUAGACAAGUCGGGUAAUAUGUCAUCAUGGUUGGGUAUUUCAUCAGUCAUUUUAUCGCAACCGGUGUUGAGAUUGACAAAAAUAUGGUCACUUGUUUCACCGGAUUAUAUCAAGUUGUUGAAACAUGAUUGGUCGCCAGUAUUGUUUGAAUUGGAUAGAAGGUAUCUUGUCAAUGAUUCUAAAAUGAUUAGGCCACCAAAUAUUGAUAACGUUAAAUCGCCCAACUUGGCAAAUGAAGAUCGUGAGUUUCAUUCAAAAAAUUCUUAUCACAUAAUGGCCCCAAGAGGUUUAGGUAAGAUCUAUCCAAAGGAGAAAGUGAUUCCAUAUUUUGGCGACUUGGUCAUCAAUAAUAAUGGCUAUUGUACGGAUAUUGAUGUGUACGAGAUGGAAUCGAUUUGGAAAAGGAUUAAUUACUCAUUUGAUCGCUGGAAUGAUUACUUGUCAAACCUUUCCAAUUUCAACGAGAUUAUCAAGUACAAUGAAGAUGUUUUGAGGAGAUACGAUACAAUGGGAUUUAUAUUCUCAAAUGAAAGCUUGAACCAAGUAUUGUAUCUAGGUGCUAAUAACAAUAAUGCCAAUGACAAUGACAAAUUGAUAGUAUCGGAAAGGAAAUUGACCGCAACUGAAGAUGCCAAACGCGUCGACUUGAAAAACAAAUUGUUAAGAUUGAUUGAAUUGAAUUGUGACUCUAUGAAUUUAGAAAAUAUCAUGUCAUUGUCUAUCCAAUUGGAACCAGAUUUACCUGAGGCGUAUUUGAAUGUACACAUUUCCCCAUCAGUUAGCUCUUCCCAUCCACAUCAUUUGUUACGUUUGCAAACUGGAAAUGCGUCUGGUGUGUCAUUGAACUCUGUGGAGUCAUUAGCUACGACAACUGGUGAAUCAUCUGUUGACUUUUCACCAACAACAAGAAUACCUACAUUUAACAACACAUAUUUCCGAUUAAAUUUGCUAAAGUAUGACGAGUUAGCAUCAGCCGAAGAUAAACAUAGACCACUUGACCCUAGUGUAAACAAGCACAACUUUGUUAUUGAUGACGAAUUGACAUUUAGAGUUGAUGAUUUUGUGGCUGAUAUGGCAGACCAGACAAGCACUAGUGGACUCAAUUCGGUGGUGGAAGAUUAUGUAGCUGGUGUUGAUGAUGACGAUGAUAUUCCCGGGUUGGGUAUUGACGUUGAUGAUAUUCUCAAUUCCGAUAAGUUUAAUAAUCUCACCAUGUCCCCAAAAAUGAGUAGUCAUAAACACAGACGAUCUACCAGUGGAAGUGGAUUAGACAACCGAAGCUCAGUGUUGACUGAGGGAACAAAUAUGAGAAAAGUGUAUAAGUUUAUCCCUAAGUAUGCCACUGUUGAUAAGCUCAUAGACUUGUUGUUGUUGGAGGGAAGGUACUUUCAUCAUGAUAUACAUUUGGAUUUGACUGAGUAUCGAUUCGUGUUUUUGUUGAAUUACAACUCCUUUAUGACAACAAAGGAGUUAUUAGAUAAACUUGCUCAUCGUUUUGUUAACUCAGGAAACGCAGUGUUGUCAGUUAUGAAGAGGAAUUAUUUGAUGAAAAAGAACAAUACUAAACGAGCAGAUGCUGAUCAUGAGUUCAACCCGAUACAUUCAGAUUUACCUAUUGAUUUUCCUAACUGGGACUUGGAUCCGGAAAUCAACCUCAGCGAAUUAGGUGAGGUUGACUACGAGUUGUUGUUGAAGAUUCAAAUCAAUAUUUUGAAAGUGUUGAUUGUUUUGAUUAAUAGUUUCUACUCCAAUUUUUCACUUAACUUAGCCAACAAGAGCAUUUUAAUCAAAUUGUUGAAGUUGUUUAGUAAUGAGAUCCUACAAUGGUACAAUUCAAACAAAAUUGAUGCGUCACUUGAAAGAUUAUUUGAAAGCUUGGUGACAUAUUACAAGAAGUUGAAGAAGAUAUUUGUCAAAAAGACGUAUCGACCAAUUGAAAUCACCAAGUUCAAUAAUUACUUGAUCAAUGAGUUUCGCUUCAAUAAUUCAUUACAUGAAGUGCCAGUAAACCGCAAUCUUCCCAGUCAUAAAAACAUUCACAAGAUUGAGAAAUUUCUCAACAAAUUUAAUAAGUUAUUGACUGUCUUUUACAAAGGCAUUCGAGCUGAAGAUUGGAUUAAAGUGUUUAAGAUUUUGGAAAAUUCAUUUGAAUUGAAUGCAUUACUUGAUUUCAAUUUACAAAAAACCAAUGUCCCUGAAGAUCAAAUGAUAGUUUCGAAUGUGUUUAAUUUUUUCGAGACUUUGGUAUCACCCACUGAACGACAAUUGAUCUUAAAGAAAUUUCCACUUGUGUUUCGCAAAUUGUUUAAAUUGUAUUUCCGAUUCAAGACAUACUUGUUGGUUCAAUUAACUGAUGUCAAUAUUUCCAAUGAAGAAAGACUUGAUAGAAUGAAGACUUUGUUGAUUAUGGCAAAGAUAUCCAAAUUGAAAAUGAGUGACAAUCAAUUUGUAUUUGAAGGAAUGGGUAAUGUGCCAUCAUGUAUUGAGACUGCUAUUGUCAAUGUCAUUUAUUCACCUGAAAGUAGAGUUUAUGCAAAUCUAUGGAUAAGAGCAUCCUCGGCACUAGAUCACAAACCUAGUGAAUUCAAUAACCUUGAUGAUUUGAUACCAUCAAAUAUUGAUAUCAGUGAUUUACAAUCUACUGAACCAUUGUUGCCUUGUUUUGGAUGGGUUAUUGAAAACUUGAUUAGUAUUGACAAAUGUCCCUCGUUCCACAAGAGUCUCAUCAAUUUCAACAAGAGAUAUUUGAUUUUUAAAUUGAUUAAAGAGUUGGGGGUUGAAGAUAUUGAAGGUAGUGGUAAUGAACCGGUGGAUUUCUCCACCAACGAAUCGCGUGAGUUUGAUUUCUUAUUAAAGUUGGAUGAAUCAUUGGUUGUGAAACGGGCCAACGAAUUGAUUCAUGACAGAGAUCGUGCACCAUUUUUGAAACUGGUACUUGCAGAGCAACAUCGGAUUUUGGUGGUUGAUAAUCAAAAGAAGAAUCAGCGUGAUGCUAAAGUUGGAACUAAUGGAAUGAACCAACAAAGUUUAGCUAGUGCCACUAGUAACAUGCAUACGAUCACACGAAAGACGUCAAAUACAUCCUUGAGGAGACAAUCAUUGAAUUACAAAUCUAACCCAGGUUCCAGGUUUAAACUUAGUGGUAUCUUUUCCAAAACAAAGUCGUUUUCUUUACUGGGUGGGAGCAAUAAUAGUAGUGGUACAGGAAGUAGUGGCAAUGUUGGUGGCGGCUCUAGUUCCACCUCAUCACUGGAAAAAUCAGUGUUUGUCAAUGAGUUACCUAAUCCUGAUUUAUAUGCCGAGGGAAAACAAAAACCAUCAAUUGUUAUUGCUUUGAAGAAUAAGAAAAUUUUCCCGGUAUAUCUACUCCCAUUUGGAUUCAAAGUUGAUUCUGAUGCCAGUGACGGAGGAGAAUAUUUUUUCCAAGCCACCAAUGAUGAAGAUUUAAAUGAUUGGUUGAUUAAAUUGAACUAUGCCAAUCGCCAUUGGUUCUACUCAAGAAUACUAAAUCUCAAAACCAACAACAAUCACAACUUGGUCUUUGGAAUCCCGUUGAGUUUUGUUACAUCACGAGAACAAUCAAUGGUUCCCCGAUUCUUGCAAUUAAUAUUCAAUGAAAUUGAAACUUUUGGUAUUAAAGAUAUUGGAGUUUACCGAAUUAGUUCAUCUAUUUCUGAUUUAAAUAAUUUGAAACUGAGUAUUGAUCGAUACGGUACUAUUACUCCAGGAGUUAAUGAUGUACAUGUAUUGACAGGGGUAGUAAAAUCCUAUUUGAGAGAGUUACCGGAUGCUUUGUUGACUGAUGAGGUUAUUAAUCAGUUUUUCCAAAUUAAUAAAGAAAAGAGAAGUACAAAGGAGAAGCAAACUGGUAAGGGAAUGGGUAAAGAUGAGAGAAAUGAGGAGAAACUCGAGGGAGAUAAAGAGAAAGAUGAUAUUGACGAUGCCACCACCAGUGAUGACGUUGCAGAAUUGAUCAAGUACAAAACCACAUUAUAUCAAUUACUCCCACCAACAAAUUUAUCAACUUUGAAAUCGUUAAUUUGUCAUUUAAACAAGGUUAAUCAAUUUAAUGACUCCAAUAAAAUGACAAGUUCAAAUAUUGCCACCGUUAUUGGACCAGCAUUAACUGAAGCUUCCAAUUUAGCUCUAUUGAUUAAUAAUUUUGGGUUUAUUAAUUUGGUGUUGGAGAAGUUGAUUGUUAAUUAUGAGUUUAUUUUUGAGAAUAGGGCUAGGCAUCGUAGUGAGAGAACAGGUAGUGGAGGAGAAGAAAUUGGUGAAAAAAAGGUGGGUGAAAUAGAUGAAACUGUUGAUAAGGUUGAAGUCGAAGCUGAAGAGGAAGUAGCUCCAGUAACCCCUUCUGUUCCCGUUGCCCCAAUUGCUGUUGACAGUGACGAAGCGGUCGAAGAAGAAUUGAUUUAUGAAGAAGAAGAUAGAGUCAUCAAGAUUCGAAGAAGUGUUGAAAGAAAAGGAAACGAGAAGAGUAAUGAGUAG